CACCGGGACUCGGGGGCGGGGCCGCGACGCCGCCCUCCGCGGGCGGUGGCUGCGCGCGGGUGUCUCUGUCUCUGUCUCUGUCUCUGUCUCUGUCUCUGUCUCUGUCUCUGUCUGUUCGCGGCCCCCCGGCCCUCCGCGGGACCGAGCAGGAGAGGGAGGCGCCGCGCUGCUGCUGCCGCCCCAGCAGCGCCUGCGCCGGGAGCUUUGCCCGCGGGCAGUGUCAGGUGCAAAACGCCUUCCUCGUCCCCUUUUGGGGGACGUUGGGUUUUCAUACGUCGCUCCCCAGGGCAUCGUUCAGUACAGCCGCAUCUGAAGGGCGAGGGUCCCCCAGGGCGGCACAGGGAGCCCCGCCGCCCCGCCCCGCGCCAGCCGCGACCCGAGUCCGCAGCAGCGCAGCGCAGGGUGAGCGGCGGCCGUGGGCUGGUGUCUCCUCUCCGGGAGGCCGGGAGAAGCCGGCAUCGCCCCGCGGUCCCUCUGGGGAGCCGGCAAUCCAGCUCGGGGUUUGGCAGGAGCUGAGGGUGAGCCGGCGACCUGCCGGCAAGGAGAUGUUCCUGAAUUUGUGUAUCAGCCGCAGCCUGCGUGUUUGCCUUGGGUGGUGCAUUCUUCUUUGUCAGGCUAGGACCUGUUCUUUCUCAUUCAAGUAGAAGAGAAGCAAGCAAGGAAAUAAAACCAAGCUCAAGUUAAUGGUUGAGAAGUUCUGAUACACAAGAGCCUGGAACUUCUGAAGCAGAUGUUCUCUUCUGUGUAUUAGACCUAGAUAUUAUAAUGAUUGGUAGCCUGUCCAUUAGUUUCCUUUGUGAUUAUAAGUAGUUGCCCUCACUGGAAGAAGUAAGAAUAACCUUGAUACUUAUGUAUCAAGACAUUUGGAGGAGAGGAAUUACAAAAGAUGGUACAAAGAGAGGAUUUCUGGCUUCUUGGAGAAACAGAAAAUGCAAAACGAAAUAAUAAAGCCUGCUAAAUACUUCUCAGAAGUGGAGAAGAGUGUGCUGCUUGCAUUAGUUGAAAAGUACAAAUACGUACUUGAGUGUAAAAAGAGUGAUGCAAGAACUAUCGCUCUCAAACAGCGUACUUGGCAAGCCCUAGCUCAUGAAUAUAAUUCACAGCCCAGUGUAUCACUACGAGACUUCAAACAGUUAAAGAAAUGCUGGGAAAAUAUCAAGGCACGGACAAAAAAGAUAAUGGCACAUGAAAGACGGGAGAAGGUAAAAAGAAGUAUUAGUCCACUUAUAAAUACUCACAUCAUAGGGAAAGAGAAGAUUGCCAGCAUAAUGCCUGAGCAAAUGUACUUUUUGCAGAGCCCACCAGAAGAAGAUUCUGAGUAUCAGCCUGAUGCUUCUAGUCAAGAGUCAUUUGUUGUCUCAAACAGAGAACUCUGUGACGAAGAGAAAGACCUGGUACAUUUCCCAGUAUGUGAAGGUACCUCUCAACCUGAGCCUUCAUGUUCUGAUCUCAGAAUAGCAGCAGAUAAGAACUACAGAAGUAAAGCAUCUCAGGAAAGUGCUCUGAAAAAGAUGCAUGAGGAAGAGCAUCAUCAGCAAAUGUCAAUUUUGCAACUGCAGUUAAUCCAAAUGAAUGAAGUUCACGUGGCAAAAAUACAGCAAAUAGAAAGAGAGUGUGAGAUGGCCGAAGAGGCACACAGGAUAAAAAUGGAAGUGCUAAAUAAGAAGAAAAUGUAUUGGGAGAGAAAACUGCAGACCAUCACAAAAGAAUGGCCUGUAUCAUCCUUUAAUAGACCCUUUCCUAAUUCACCAUAGAAUAUAAAGGGACAGAGAGUAAGUCUGAGCACAUUAUAAGUAAUGUGCAUUGGAAAGAGUGUUUAAAGAGAGUGUACAGUGACGGAACAGGCGCCCAGUUGAUAGUGAUCGCACUUUGACUCUUAACAUUUAGGGAAACAGUGGUAGAGUCUAUGAAGGGGAAAACUGUAUUGUUCAUUUGUAAGUAAAUGCUGACUUGUUUAACUUUCAGAUAUGCACAGUAUUCUAAAAGAUGAAUGCAUUUUUCCCUCUUCACCCUACCAUCCUUCUGAAAUGAAGAUACUGUCUCAGAAUAGACCAUACAUUUGGUUAUUCUUUAAAAAACCAUAACAGUUUUAAACACCAGGUUAAAGUGUCUGUUUUAUUCCUAGAUCUUCCUACCUGCCAUUUCCUGAAUGAAGGGAAGGGUUGGAAUUUCUCUCUGCUAUUGAGAGAAAAGACACUUGACAGGCAUUGAUUGGAUUAUUAUGCAGGGACAUAGAAAAAAAAAAAUCCUAUACCUGGUUUCAUUAUUUCAUAAUUUAGUUUUCAGAGAAGUUAUGAAAAUGAAGGAAGUAGCAAAGGGUGAAAGAACCACUGUAACAGUUAAGUCUUUGUAGAAAACAGCAGUAAUGUUUUCCAGCGAGCUGGCUGACUGGGAGGAAGGUUGUGGACUGGCCCUCUAGUUGUUUGAGCCCUGAUCCUUAAGAAGUCGUAAAGAAGGUGACCUCUUCCUCUGAAGCCACUGUGCUUGCUCUCUUCUCCAGGCCCAUCUCAUAUUUAAGUAGAAUAUUGAAAUAGGAGGGGUGCACGUGGCUACCAAUCCUGUACGCUGUUUUCCUGGAGCCAUUCUAGGAGAAGAACUCUUCAUUGGUUCACAAUGCUUUUAAAAUACAGUGAGCCAUUUGGUCCAUUGGCAAACUUUCCCUCUACCUCCCCAUGCAAUACUUGAGUGCUCAGCAGUUAACUAGUGCAUUUCAGUCUCUGUCUAGCUAGAAAAAAAGAACCUGAGACUUGCCCUCUUUUCCUUCACAUAACAAGUUUCUUAGGAUUCUUAGGGUGGGAAGGGGUUAAAGGGGAUCAUUCCUGUCUUGGAGGAGUGUUCUGUUUUGUUCUGUCCUGUGUGUCAACAUGAUGUAUCUCCUGUCUUUGCUGUCCAUGCAGGGUGAUGGGCAUGAUUUGUAUGAAAGCAUUCAUAAGAAGGUCUUCACAGAGCUUGGGGCCCUGUGAUAAUAGGUAUGCUAGAAAAGCACAAAUAAAGAUGAUCCCUCUCUCAGAAAUCAUUUAAUCUAAAGGGGCAAGGGUUAGGGAAAUAUGGAAUAGAAAACUCAGCAAAGUUUCAGAAGAGCUUCUGAUAUGUGGAAAGCCAUUUUGCAGGAAAGUAUACAACCAUCAUUUGAAGAAGUGAGAAAAAUGAGCAAAAACGUAAAUUUUCUGUGAAAACGCUGAGUAUUCCAUUAUCUUCAAUACAGUAUUUUCAGAUCAUGAUUAAGGAGGGCAAGUCCAUACAGUGAGCAAUGUAUUCAAAUUAGGGUAGGUUACAAAAUAUACUGUUCUUCCCAGCUAUGCUCCAUCUCUUCCCUGGAUGUUCUUUCUGGUGGAAUUUCUUUUGGUUUUUUGUUUUCUUGAACUGCUCUCCUUUUUGGUGAUUCAUCAGUCACUGCUAUUAUCAACUGUAGUACUCACUGUGGUUAAUGCUGUGGUACAUGCAUUGCUCCCUUGAACAUGCUAAUACAGAAAACACAGUGGGAGUGAUUUAGUGCAACUUAUUUUACAUGACAGAGAAGAAAACAAUUUUUGCAGAGGUGCUGCAAGAUCAAAAAUAUGCCGGGUACAAAAUCUGAAGUCAGAUCCAUUUGGCAGCAAACUUAGUUUUCUUAUAAAUUGGCCAUAUGAAGGGAGCACAGGACUUCCAAAGGAGGAUAUAGUUACGGACACUUUUUUUUCUGCUGAAUGGAACGAGUACUGGAAGGCAGGACAAUAAUGUAUAAUAAUAAUAGAGGCAAAGGGAAAAAGUAAACAGAAGUUAAGACCUUUUUGUUUAGAGGUUGCAUUCUGUGAUAUGGAGAAUGAAUCAGUUGAGUUGUAAUGACAAUUGUUCAGGCAUCAUCCAGAAAUAGGCUAGGAUAGGAAAGACCAAUAACAUUCUCUUAAAAAUGACAGGACUCCUCCCAUACAGCUACUAAGUGAGAGUAAUUUGAAACUACAAUAUUGAAAGCAUGCAUGUUAAGGUGUAAAAAGCUAAGGAAUGGAAACAAUUUGAGCACUGUGAAGAGAGCAAGAAUGAGGAGACAGUCCAGGUCUAGAUAGCCCUGUGCGAAGGUAUAAAAUAGUCCAGGGAGAAUCUCAUGGUAUUUGAGAUAAAUGCGGUUUUGAUUCCUGAAAGUUAUACCAUUGAUUGUGAAAGAUUGUUUUAUUUUUAUAUUAAAAAAAUCAUUUAAGUACGCAUGUUUUAAGACUGUACUAAGUGGGCAAUGCCUUGCAUUUUGGUAUGUAUACUCAUCCACAUAGAGAAAUGCUUGUGUUAAUUAUGAAUCCAAAAUGUUUAGUUUUUACACUGAACAAGAGAACCAUUUAAUGCAGCCUCUAUUUAAAAGAAAGAAAAGCACAGCAAAAAGAUUAGAAAGAACUAGGAUGAAGACAGGAAGGAAAGAAUGGUCAGUACAUACACACAGGGAGUGUUAUGAGUGUCACACCUAACACAAAUGAUACAAGAUGCUUUUGUGAUAUAGGUGAUGUAGAAGGCUUACUGAUGCCACAGGCUUCUGCUUUCCCAUCUUGUUGAUGGCUGUAAGGUUGUUUGAUAGACAUGCAGAAGGAUACAGUACAAGAUCAACAUGGCGAAGUAACAUGUCUCCUUGCCAGCCUUUGCCUUCUCUCUUUUGCUUUAUGAAGUGAUUGUUUGGCCUGGAGUUUAAAUGACUUGAGAAUGUGGCUUUUGCCACAUUUUUGCAAUUACUUCCUCUGGCAUUAGGAUUUGUCUUUUCUUUUGCUCAGCUUUUCUCAUAUUUAAUAUAUACGUGUGUAAUACAGACAACACCAGCAUUUGUUCCUCUCACUUUUUCCUAGCUGACAUCAUUCAGCUAUUUCCACAUAAUUGUAUUUCUCUAUUAAUUGUUUGACUGGGCUGUAUAGGUAUUUUCCCAAAUCUUUUCAUAUGUAAAUUGCAGGUGGGCUAAAAUAUUUGUUUUUCUUCUAUGGAUUUGUUAUACAAGUUGUUUACAUCUUUCUAGAAUGGAAUGACAAGAUAAAUUGGGCACAAUGAUCCCUGUUUAACUCCAUCAGAAAAAGUACAUAUUAGAUAGACAUUGUGGCUUAUUGUUUUCAGCCUCUUUGUUCUUAGGGAGAGAAAGUAUGAGUUUUUUGCCAAGACAUGAUGAAUUCCUUUAUGCUCCUGAAAAUGCCACUAGCCUGCUUCUAGUGGCAUUUCUCCUUGGAGAUCAUCUAACUCAUUAUCCAGUAUAAACCUUUCUUAACUGUUGAUUUUUUUCUUUCUGUAUUUCUUUCUUACAUCUAUGUUUCCCAUUAUUUUUUUUAACUGGCAAUAUAAGCACGCGAUUUCAUCCAAAAGUAAACAUUUUGCUCUUUUCUUUCUCUUUUCUCUUGCCUGGAUUGCCUAAUCACAGCAUCUGAGCAUGAAAUGGGUCUUCCUCAGAUGCAUCUUCUUCCACUUCCACGGUGUGCUUAGCCGUUGCUGUCCAGCUGCCCAGGCAUUCCCAGUUCCAGGCACAGGCUAGAAACCAUGUUAGAGGACUCUGAAAGGAGAUGGUCACUGUACAGAGAGGUGUAAAGAGAAGAGCACUUUCUCUAUUCCAGCUCCAUGCAAUUCUGGGAGGAUAGGCUCUGCCUACAAAGCCAUACAUCAGGAUCAGAGCUAGGUCAAGGUGCUUUAGCUUUUAAGUGACACUGAUUCUUUGCAAGUCCUUGGGGUUCUGCAAAGUUUAGAUUUAGGCUUUCCUGUUAACAAAAUUCCUUCCUUAUGGGAAGUGGAAGUCUCAGGCCAAGAUUUUCAUGGAUAUUUCCUCAACUCAACACUUCUACCCUGACAAAAUUAUGCAUCCUGCAAUCUAUUAGAUUACUUCUCUUGGCUCCCAAACUGCUCUGUCAGAAGAGCAGGGAUCUUACUGCUCUGCACAGAUCCUCUCUGUGGCAUGCUUUCCUACACUGCAGAGACCUGUUUAGCCACAGAUUAACUUUUGUGCUGUUGAGGUACAUGGGGUUUUGCUUUUUAGCUUUUUUUUUUUAACAUGCAAUUACAUAAAACAGCUUGAUUUCUUUAUACGUAAAGAAGGUGUACACAGAAAUGUGGACAGAUUUCUGGACCUGAUACAAGAGCAAUAAAAUGGAAAACUACCAGUUGUAGCUCUGAAUAUUUUACAAUUCUGGUGGUGAAGGGAUUAGGCAUCCCACAACAUCAUCAGCCAUGCUAAUAAUGUUAAACAGACAUCUGCGAAGGCAAAAAAUGGGCUGGGAUAGCUUUCUGAGUGAGUCAGAAGUAAAGACAGCUCAUAGUUGUCCUAAGGGAUGGCACUGUUACAUACAUCAAAUGCUUCCGCCCCAUGGUCUUCACCCUCCCUGACUACUCUUUCCUUUGAGAAACUGGACAUGUCCAUCAUACCAGUCACAGUUCCAGGUGCCUGACAAUAAGAAAAGUGACUGUGUCAGGUAGGAGUCCUCCCAGAAUUAUCAGGGCUCCCUCUUUACUAAACUGAGAUUGGAUGAUUUUCUGAGACUGUAACACAGUCCAGGUAUGCAUGCCACACCCAGGAAAGAGGUGUGAAAUUUGUCCAGCAUGUAGUCACUCAAAUGCAGUGGGCUGCGUAACUGACAAGGAAAGAAUAAGAAAAGAGUGCCUGCUGGAUGGCUUUGGGUUAUAAAAUUGCUCUGUUGAUGAGGGAGUGUGGAUGAAUCUCACUGGAUGGUCAACCAGUUUAACAGUAAGAAUCAUGAAGUAUCAUUGACAAGUCUGCUGAAAAUUCAUCCUGAUCCAGAUUUCCCAAUCUGUUAGAGCUGCAAAACAAAAAUAAAAGUGAAUUUUUAGCAAUCAGAAUAGGUAGAAAUAAUCUUUAGCUUUUCUAAUGAAGAGCUGGCUAGACUGUAGUUUAGGGAAAGAACUCUCUAACGUAACAGAAAUAAAACAAGAUAGAUUUUUAGAUAGUCCUUGCCUAAAUUACAUGCUUUUUAAGAAUGUUGACUGACAUUAUUUGUUUUCUCUUUGUCCUUCAGUCAAGCUGCAUAAUAGUUGUGUGCUUCAGUUUCUGACUGAACGUUAGAGCACCUAAUUAAUCAAAUUUGUUUGGCAAGAGAGUAGAAGAAGGUGUGCGUUAAAUAGAACUUGAGAUUGGUAGUUUUCCACUAGUCUUCAGAUAUUUCUUCUCACAUAUAAGGAGCUAUUCUUGGACAGUUCUGAAUCUGGAAUUGGCAUUAUAUGCCAAUUUAGUAGUGAUUUAGUAUAUAGCACUAACAAGGUAAAAUAUAAGUUCACUCUGUGCAUUAUUUGGUCAUGUACAAAACCCUUUCAUUUUCUUAGAAUUAUGCCAUGAAAUGAAAUACUAAGCUACAAAUGGACCAAUUGAAUUACCCUUGUAAAUUCCUGCUAUGCAUUCUGUAUUGCAGUAUAAUGCAGGAAAAAAAUAUUCUGCUUUUGUUCAGUUUUGGAGUUUUGAAUAUUUGACCUGUACCUCUCACUGAAGUUCUAUUUAAAAUUGUACUGUUAGAUAUCUAUGUAUUCCCACAGAACUGUCCUUCAACUAAAUGAGCCACUUGGCUUUUUAGCUUUUGAAUGCCAAGCCUAUGGACUGUAAGAAGUCUGAAUUGACACACACAUGAUAAAUUCCUUUGUCUGCAAAAUAUCUUGUAAAUGGUGUCAUAUCUUGAGACUCUAGAAAGUACAUAUUAGGUGGGUGAAAUGAUGGAUUUGGUAUUUAAGCCAGAGCUGAAAUUUUGGUGGGCUGGGAGUUAUCACUGCUGACCUAAAACAGAGGUUCAACCUGCGCCUGAAAAACAAUAAUGUCCAAUCCAAUAUCACCUUACCUCCAAUUUUCCAUCUAAAAUGAGGUGUAAUGAGAAGUCCUUGUGAAAUAAAGCAACAGUAGUUUCCAAAAUGCAUUUGUUUUGAUUUGAUUUAAUUUCAAGUACUGGCUUGCGUAAGGGCUCGAAGGUGAACUUUAUGCUGCACUCUGUGGUUGGCUGAUAGCAUUCUAAGGAAACUUUCCAUACUGAUUUUGUUCUGUUCCUUUUAACUGCAGUACUUUUGCUUGGAUGCGCUUAGUCGUGUAGUGGUGGUGAUCAGACCAUGCGAACCGCACAGGUUGCCCUGCAGUGACUCCCUGCAACUUUUCUGAUUAUCAAAUCAGCUGUGAUGGAUUAAUUUAAAUACAAACUGAGAGGCCUUGGCCAGGAGGAACAGCUGUCAUUACUAAUUGUGUCACUGAAGUGUCUCAUCACACUGAGAAUGUGGCAAGGUCAGAGAUAUAAUCAAUAUACAAUCAUACCAGUAUCUGUAUCUUUAUCUCAGCCAAUUACAACAAUUUCUUCUGCAGCAAAUCUUGUUUUGACUUGACUUAUAGACCCACCAAUUAAUUGCUUGCUUCCAGUUUAACACUUGCACAGUUCUGCUGAAGCCAAUUUGUUUCUCUGCAAGUUGCUGUGGGUUUGAUGGAUAAGUCUAGAUCUCAGCUUUCAUUCUCUUCCAAAUUCCAGGCUACCAAAACUACUUGCAUAAGUGCCUUGCUGGGGAGCCAGGCAGGGAAAAUCAGGCAUAAGAAAAGACUGGCCUAAACUUCAGCCCUUCUCCUACAGACAGGAUGGCUGUAAGUGGCUCAAGCCACAUGUUGCAGCAAACUCAAGCCAAAACCCUGCUGCAACUUAAAAAACAAGUAUGGACAUAAUAAUAGAAGUGGGUUACUUUGGUGGACUGUAAAAAUGGCUUUGUGUGCCAAGCAAUUUUUUAAUUGUUUUUUAUUAAAAUCUUCCAAAUCGUGGGACAGGUUAAUAUACCCUGUCAGUGUUCAACCAGCAAGAGCAACAAACUAACACAGCUUCAGUCUGACAGGUUCGGUUUUCUGUUAGGGUUUGGUUAGCUGAUAUGGCUAAUAUAUCACACAGACACUUCUAAACUUUCUCUCUCAGAAAAUCUUGUCUAAUUCCAUGAAAUUAGUUCACAUUCCUCAAACAAACAAACAAAAAUGCAAGCCAACUAUCUUAAGUCAUCCCUUGGAUGGAUAUAUACCUAUAAUUCAACAAAAUGAACAAUAUAACAAAUAUUCUUCUAAAAUCUCAUAUUUUCAGCUACAUGUAGGCUUCUGUGUUUACUUAUACUUUACACCUUUCUUUCCAAAGAGUCUUAGGCUUAAGUUACAAGAGAUCUAGUCUUCAGGUUCUAGAUAUCCAGCCGUCCUACUAUUUUAGAUCUGUAACAGAAAAAGUUCUGGCAUUCUGUAAAUGCAAAUUCAAAUAUAUUCAGUAUCUUUUUUUAAUUUCCUGCAGAACUAGAAGGCAUAGCCCCAAUUAGCUUUCUUUUUGUGGUUGUGUUUCUGAACUUCCAGUCACAUACUGUACAAAUUAUCUUGUCACCAACUUGCAUUCAGCAAUACCAGUGAAGUUAUACAGCAUAUUUUUCAGAAGUACUCAUCUGAUGGAGCUCCCAUUGUCUUCAGCUGGGGUCGUGGCAAUUCAGGACUUCUGGGCAAAAAGGGCUCUAGAAACUGUGGACUGGAGUUUCAACAGAGCAUGAUAGUUACACUUUCAGGUCUCACUGAUUUCCAGCAAACACUGGAGACCUACUUCUCAUAGGCAUCUUUUUGAAUUUCUACGCUAUGAGACGGAUAAGGAAAAAAAUGAAAAAUGUUGCUUAUCAAAAGCAACUGUAUAUUGUUUUUCUUUAACUUUUUUCUUUCGGUGAUCUUUGAGUCACUCUUAUUGAGAAAUCAGUAAGAAACCCUCUUUUCCAAAAAUUCAUUCGGUUUUAUAGAAGUAUUUUUAGAAUGCCUGAGAAGCAUGAACGCUUUAAGAGAUCAUUUGUUUCUAAAUGUGUUAUUGCCAUCCUUACCAGUAUUACCAUCUUGUGAUAGUACAAUAGGUUUGCCAGGUUUUGAGAAGUCUUAUCUUUCCCAAGGGGAAAAAGUAACCUUCACUUUAACUCAUCAAUGACUCAGGGUAUUGUUAAAGGUUGUUGUGAGAAGUUCUCUCUUCACUGUCACUUUUUUAUCCUGCAGAGGCUUCCCCUAUUUUGCAUCUCUGUUCCGCCAUCCAUGGAAUUGCGCCUGAAUUCUUUUGGUCAAGGAGACUGUAAGGAUCUUCUGAAAACCAAACUGGUAAUCUUCCCAUGUGUGUUCAGUGUGCUCAAGCACACUACAGUGUAAACACAGAGGAAAUGAAAAUCUGACCUCUAAAAUACCACCAGCACAAGAGCUUGAGAAUCCCAAGAAGCAACUCGAAUCUAGGCACUCCCUUUGUCAUUUUUGUGUAAGUGGUCAAAUCAUUAGGCAUACAGUCUUUAUUUACACAGUGUUGUAUUUAUUCUGUAACAUUAGAUUCUGUUGUAUUUUAACAAUAUAUAAAAUUACGUUGUAUAGUGUUUGUGCUUCUAGUUGGUGAGGACCUGAAACAGAACUAGCACUUAAGUACUGGGCUAUUUGUCAUAAUAUAUUUGAAAAUGUAUACAUUUCUUCUGAUACUAUAUAUUUUAAUGGAGUAUUAGAUGGUAUCUCUUGUGGUCUUUGCCUUUUAUUAGCAGCAGUUUCUGGGGCUGGUUUUCUAAACUGCACCGAAAACUAUACAUCAUUUAAGAACUGACCCCUUUUUAGCCAGAUGGUUUCCCACUUGGCUAGUCUGAUUUUUCUAGCAUAUAUCAGCCUCAGUCAUCUCACCUACUGUAAAAUCUUGGUUUAGUGUUUUAGUUCCUCGAAUAUCACAAAAGCUAUUUCUGAACCACACAGAAGUAGUUUCAGGAACUGCACUUUUAAGCAAGUUAUUUUCUAUCAUCAUUGUUUUUCAAUUGAUAAAUAAUACUUACAUUUUAGUUUGAAUCUCUAAGGAGCUCACACCAUAUCUGAGUCUUUAGGAAUGUGAGGAAUGGGGGAUUUUCAUUAUCUUUAUUGUGUAGCAAAUUUUCACAGCAAAUUAUUUGUUUUUCCAAUAGAAGCAGUGACUAAAAGGAGACAAAAGUAGGGCUCUAAAAUGUAUACUCUCUAAUGGUUGGGGAUGCAAGAAACGCAAAGAAAAGUAAUAUUGGAGGAAGAGAUUCAAUAUUUGUCCAAGUGAGCGGAGUCUACUGUAUGUCUGAAAUUCACAGAAUAUGAAGACUAGCUGUACAUUUUAGUGCCUUGUUUCUAGCAAAUUGGUUAAUCAUAAAUUACUAAACAAAUAAUUGAGAAUUUUUGAGAAAAUGUAAUUAAAUAUUGUUAAUAGAAACUGUAUAUUCACAGAGAAGUCAAUAAAUCAUAAACUAUUGUUAAGUAUUAAUUA